UAUAUAAUAAACCCAAAUCUAAAUACACUUGCUUAUUCACACACCUUUUUCACGCUCCCUGGCUUCUUUAUGCUCCGCUGCCCUUCUUUCUCACUCUCCUCUCUCCCAAAUGCUAAAUUGAAUCAAAGUUUGCAACUUGGUAGAGACACACAUACUUGAAGAAUGAGGGGUCCUUUGGGUGCAGUCAUAGGUAGGUUCCCAUCAAGUGACGGAGUUACCCAAAUGGGUGGAAUCAUAAGACACAACAGGAAAUGCAGGGACAUCACUGUUCUUGUGAUCUUCAUAGCUUUUUCAGUAGCAAUGGUUGUCAACUCCAGCUUUGCUUUCAACCAAGGAAACCCACUAAGGCUUACUUAUGGACUGGACUACAAAGGGAAUUUGUGCGGGGACAAGCAUGCCCACCCUGUCCUCAGUGAAUUGGAGCUCAGAUAUUGGCAAAAUCCUAAUCAGGUUUAUGAGAGUGGACUGAAGGAUAGCAAAUUCAAACUGGGGGAUGCCCGCAGUAUAUGCUUGUCUGAGUGCCCUAUACCUUCCGAAGAUUCCCUUAGUUGGGUGUGUGAUUAUCCAGAAGGAGAUAUUCGUCUUUCUAUGACGGAUUGGGCUAAUAGGAACUAUGAUUAUUUCGAGUUCCUUACACCCGAAAUGAGAAAUUCCUCUCUUCAACUUCAGGGUCCAUGUUAUCCUGUCAUAUUCCCUAGUGUAAAUGUUUACUGGAGUUGCCAAUUUAUUGCUCGAGCAUCAAACACGUCUUUGAAGCAUUGGCAACAGAUGGGCGGUGUUAAAAUCAAUGAAGACAUUGUUAUUGAUAAAUCUAUUCACAAGUCUAUUAAUUCUCGAUCUGCUGUUUUAAAGGUUAACAUUUUUCUGCUUCUACUUUUUUGUUUAUUUAUUGGUAGCGAUUAUGAUUUGUUCAUAGGAAGUAUAACCACUCAAAAUCCGUGUUCUAUCUGUGUAGAUAUUAUAUUAUUGGCAUUUCUCCAUUCUAUUUCAAAUGACAGCCGCUUUAUGUAGUUCAUAAACUACAAU